UAUUGUUGUUUUAAAAUGGUGGAUUGUAUUUCCUUUGAAUAUUUGGGUAUCAUCUGUGACAUUGUGACUAAUACUGGGGUUAAUGCCGGGGCUGAGCUAGUUAAAAAUAAGAGUAAUCGGAGCAAAAAGAGAACAUGUUGGAGAGCGAGAGAACUGCAUUGAGCAGAGCCUGUAGCAAAAACUUGCAGAUGGCAAGAGCAUGUGCACUCUUUGGGGGAAGACUGGGGGGUUAACGCAUGGGACUCCUUAUUCUGCAGCCCUGAUUGCAGGGAUGCUGUAACUCACGGAGAUUGCUGCAGCAGCAAGGGUCAUCUCUUUGCCAUCAUUUGAUGGGUGGGGAAAAUAGGCUAGUAAUUUGGCACAGCUAAGAUAUACAGGGCACCCAUUGUGCUAGCAUCUUCUCUUUGUGGCCGAUUAUCGCUGCACCCAGUUCCCAGAGGAGCACAGUUGCAUUCCCUCUCCUGGGGAGUGUAUGUAUUGCAUAAAGUGCUGUGCUUUCGCUGUCCUGUUGUGCUGCCCUUCUCUGAGGAUCACUUGUUCCUGCAGUCCCAAGCUCCUCUGAAGCAGCACGGCCUGCACUGGCAGAACAAGCCUGGCUCUUGCCUUGCAGUCCUUCCAUGUGGCUCUAGAAACAUUGCCCAGUCCCUAGGGCUGGACUGGUGCAGGAGCUGGCAGAGCUCAGUGUGCAUCUCUAUCUAGACUGGCAGGACACAGGUAAUGAUUGCAGGCCAGUCUCCUGAGGAGAGAUUGGUGCUGGUUGCAGCAGGCAUUUUUAUGAAAGAAUCUCCGUCUGCUGGAGAAAGAGGAUGAGCCCAUCUAAAUCAAUUCAUUUAUGUUUUAAUUAAGGCUAGAGCAGCAGCCUCCAGAGAUGAAAGAGAAAUUCCAAGUCAACCAUGCAGUUAACUCUGUUUGUAUUUCAUCGUACAAAUAUCCAUUCAACUGCUCACACAUUUAAAGUUAAGCACGUGCUCAGUGGGAAUGACCUCCUGGAGCCAGGCUGUGUAUCUGUAUAGUGGUUAAUAGCCCCAGUAAAUCCUUGCUGUGGGACCUGGAUGCCUUGUGAGCCUGAGUUUUUGAAAUAACGGUGAGGAGCAAAGAAGCAUAGACCUUGUCCAUCAUAAAUGGAUUUAUGACUGCAACUCUGAGAUCUUGGGGCUGAUUUCUAACAUCCAAUAAACGACUAGUUUGCAGUAUUCAGCUUGCAAAAUGCAGGCUACUUGCAGGCACCUUGAAUCAUCUCUCAGCAGCAAAUUAACCCCAUCUGUCAGCAAGCCUCACUCCCUGGCCUGUGUCAAGCAUCAGAUCUCAAUCAAAACAUAGAAGGGACAGAGCAUCUGCAGGAGGGGAUCUUUGUGAAGGUCUGUCUAUCAGGGUGGAUCUGUCUUGGCUUCCCAACCACACACACCAACUGCGUUACAGAUGCUGCCAUAUUGAUAGCAGCAGCGAUGCCGAAAGCUGGGAGGACUCCAAGGCUGCACAGAGCAAUUCUAUGUCAAGCCCAAUCCUUUCUGCCUCCCUGCUCCACACGAACAGCAUCCUCUCCAACGCACAUGCAGAGGCACCGACCUGCUUCUUUGCAUGUAACUGCUUCUGGGCACGGGAGCAUGUUUCCUCAGAGAACAAUUAUGAAAUUGUAAUAAAGUGCUUUAGAGGGGAAAUUCUUCCCUUUGAUUCCUGUCUUGCAUGUUGGCCCUCUCAGCCCUGAGCCCCCCACACUGCUUAGCUGCUGGUUUUGCAUGCUACCUGCCUGGAGGAACUGGGAAGGGAGCGGGGAGCAGCCAGGCUGGGGCCGGGAGCCAUCUCACAGCAGAGGCAUCUGUUCUGCUGCAGCAAUCGCAGUGCCUGAGAGCCACAAACAUGUCCAGGAGACACUUUUAUCAUUGACGCAGGGGAGAAUUUAAAUAGCUGCCAUGCUCUCAAGCUAAGCCAGAGACAGAACUGUGGAUCACACUUUAUGUAAUUCACUUUUAUUUUUAAACACAGUCUUUUAUUUUCAAGGGGAGUUCAACUCAGUGGGUGUCUCCUCUUUCCUGCACUUGUUAGCACAUGUGAAGUGGCUUCUUUUAUCAAUCCCCCAUCCGGUAUAUCUGCUGCUUGAUUUCCUCACCUACCCCUGAAACUCAUCUCUCCUUGUUUCACCUUUCAGGAUCUCAUGCUUGCCAGGCCUGAUGUGGAGAGUGAUUUGAGAUUUAAGGUGAAUAGAAAAAAUAACCCCUGAAAGACACUCUGAGCUACAUGUCUGGAUAUUUCCUAAUGUUACUGUAGCUCCUUUUUAGGAGGGGGAUCUGUUCUUGUGUCUUUCUUCACAAGUAAGAUAAGUCUGUGAUUUGUUUUGCAGUUUAGGAAGGUAUCUAUGUCAGUCGGAAUUUCUUCCUCCCCAGACAGUUACCUUGUGCUGGACCAAGUGUGUUUUCUGGUGGACCCUCAAACAAGCAGGCAGGCAGCCCAGCAUAGUGAGCAUAACAUUGCAUGCCAAAUGUCUGUUACUAACAAUUUCCUUCCAGCUUUAAUUGCAAACAGUGGUAGAGAACAGCAAGCUCUGGAGGUAAAUUAACUAUAAAUCUGAAUUACCUUGGGAUCAGGCCUGUACAGGUACCAUAUAUCUGGAUUCUGGAUAAAUUUUGAAUGACCAUAUGUCAGAGGACAUCAAAUGAUGCAUAGUGUCAUUAGAGAUUUGCUAGGAUUGUCACUCCAGGUCAAGGGUGGUUGAUCUUUCCAGUUCUUCUUCAAGCCCCUUCAGGUCACACCAGAAGUUGACCAUGGCUGCAGGCUUGUAGGUGAGCUAAAGGCAGGCUUUACAGCAUGCAGGUCACCUGAAUUCCCAAAGCAGUGACCACUGUGGGAGGCAGCCAGCUUCAUGUAACUGGCAUUUUACAGUCACAGGACCUACAUGACUGAGCAUCUUCCAGAGAGAUCACAGAGGUAACAGGAUCUCAUGAAAACAUUCCAAAGGAUGACUUCACCUGUGGGGAUGUAUCUGCCAAACAUCACAGCAGUCUGAAGAAGCACUUUCUUGGCACCAGGGAAAACCUCUUGGACCAGGAAGUUGUGAAGCACACCCUCGAACAAGCUCCUUGCAGCACAGUACUAGAAAAGAGAGAUGCUGGCACAGACCCAGGAAAAGUCGCAAAGGAAGAGCAAACGCAACCCCAGAGAAGUUCAAAGCCCCUGUGGCAUGGAUCACUGUAAAUAUGACAAGGGCACGAAGUCAGAAAUGAGAAGUGGAAGCGACAGUAGCAGGCUUCGCGUGAUAGUUCGUUAAGCAUAAAAUAAUGGAAUCCCAGAGCAGCAGCAGACCCCUGCGGAAACAGAGCAAGAGUGAGAAGACACAGAGAAGUCUACUUAAAUGUCAAGGUGAAGGGAUUUGUUUAAGGCAAAGCCACUGGAGUUGUGAGCCAAGCAAAUGAGCUAGUCAGUGUAGGCAUCCUCUGAUCUUCCAGCCCGCACCUGAGGAGGGUGAUUAGCUGCCAGCCCUGGGAGGAGCAUCCCUGUAUCUGGAGAGGCAAAAGCCACACAACUACCAGCCAGAGCUGCCUUCCUGGUCCUGCUGGAUGUGUAAGGGCAGACGUACUGGAAGGAAGAGAUGUUUUCAGGCCAUGCAAUUCUAUCUAGCAGUUGGGUGGCAGAAACUGGGACCAAGUGAAACUGGUGGAGGUGUUUGGUCCAGAAGAAGAUUUUGGGUAAAAAAGACUUGAAUGAUAAUCAAUGGACAAAACACACAGAAUAGGCAGGGAGGUAUUUAAAAUAAUAGGGAGGGUGGAAAUGACCCUGGACAUAGUGGAGAGAAGAUUAACAUCCAGGGAACAGGCUGGUAAAUUCCCUUCCACCCUGCCCAGUGACAGCCAACACUCCCAACACUGCACAUGUUCACUACUUGUGUGUUUGCUGUUAGCAGGUCAUGAGGAAAUUGCUUCAAUGUAAUUGUUGGAGAGAUUUAAAAUUUUGGAUGGGAUUCAAGCCUAAUAUCAAAAUGAGUUAUUUUAUUAAAAGCUUUUAAAUAGAAGCUACAGAGUAGUCAAAAGCAGGAGAGCUAUUUUGGAAGGAAUUUGCCAUAAAACUCUUCUACUGCACAGAAGCUUUCUAAAAUAUUACCUUGUAAAAAAUGUAAUUCUCUUUACCUGCAAUUUAAUUACAUUUCCCAUAGUGCCCGUGUCAGCAUAGUUCACUUCUUUUUGUUCUCCAUUAACUCACACCUGGCCCCAGAAACUAGAAGAAAAAACUGUUGAUGUUCAAAGUUGUUUGUGGAUUGUUAAAGGAUCUCACUGAGGUCAUGAAAAGGUUGUACUUACGUAUUGGAGAAAGAGGAAUAUAGAAAUAUGGUCUCUGGCCAUACUGUCGAUGGCUGUGAGAUGGCAAUAUAGAAAACUGGCGUAAAAGCAGGAGCAAAAGUGGAAGCACUCGUGUGGUCGUCUGAGUUAUCCCAUCCAGAGUUAGUGGAUCAGAGUUUUUGAUCUGUUUGAGAUUGCAGAAAAGUCCGGGUAUCUGAAUAAGGGACCAGAAUCAUCUAGAGCUUUGUUGAUUAACAUUUUGUUGACCUCCUCCACCCCACAGUGUCUCUGUGUGUAAAUGAGAUCUGAUAGUUGUCUUGGAAGUAUUAUGAAAGGAACACUUGUGAUAUCCUGCGGUUGCCCAGAGAGAACCCGGAAAUGUGGAAAUGCAUUAAAGCAAAAAUGACGUCUUAGAAGUUAAACCCUUGGUGAUGUUGUAUUAAAUUUGUCUUGUGUUUGGGGCAAGGGCUGAAGCUGAGUGUUAUUUAACUUGAACAAACUAGGCUAUCAUAGCAGAGGCAUAAGAUGAACCUCAACCUUUGACCUUGGCUGAGAGGAGAUUGUAUCUGCCAUGGUGUUUUCUCAGUGCUUGUCUUCUGAUAACUGGAGACAUGAUUAAUCUGAGUCAGGAUGACCUGGGCUUUGCGAUGUGAGGAUGAGAACAAGGCAAAUAUUUCCUUUCACCAUUGAGCUGUGAAGGAGGGGAUCCAAGAUGAUGGAGAGCUGGGAUCAUUGCUGCAGUGCUACUAAUCCCUUUGUUUUUGUAGUAAGUUUAGCAAGAUUCUGUCUCUGCCUGGGAAUAUUGCCUGGUGAUAAUGUGCUAUCUCAAGACAUGCUUCCUGCUAGUAGCACCAGGAUGUUAGGCCCAGCAGUUUUUUAGCAAAGGAGAGGCAGGCGACUGCAAGUUUCCAGGAAAAGGACAAUGACUUGUUUAACUGCAGAGGACCUUUUUAUUUUUUUAUUUUUAUUUUUUUUAGUUGAUCAACCUCAUUAGGAUCACAAAAGCAAUAAAGCAAUGGAGAUCCCAUGACUUGAGCUCUCAGUGAGUCAGUGACACACAUCAGUGCCUGUGCAGACUGCAUGACAUCCAGAUGUUGUGCUAAGCUCAGAGCUGGGGGCUGUGCUGCAGCCCCACCAUGUUGGUGCUCUGGGUUACGUUGUUGUUAGAGUCUCUGGGGUGAGGCACUGGACAACCUAUGUGCACCCUCUGGAGGACGGAGGGGUGAGUGCAAGAGUGAAAAGGGAAUUGGAGCCUAUACCACGGGGUGAGCGCACUGAGAGAGGUUGCAGGGAGUGAGCAGGACUGCACACAUCAGAUGGGAGAAGCGGGGAGAUGGAUGCAAGGGAGCCUCUCUGACCACACUGUCGGCACAGACCCACUGGCAGAGAGGACAGGUCAAAGGCAUGCCAGCUUUUCCAUGGUGCCUGGCCAGUAACAUCAGCCAUGACCUGGAGGGACAGGGACAAGAGGUAGUUUGGUCUUCUUAGCGAGGCCAGCCUGGAGCUCUACCUGUUGAGGAGAGAGACCUUCAGAGGUGUUGAAUGAUGAGUGCGAUAAUGCCAACUCCUGCUGCUCCAUGGUGAGCUGUGACGCCAAACUCAAGUCACUUUAGACCUGAAGCUGGACUUAACCUGCGGUCCUGAUCUUAGAAGGAAAUGCUGUCUCUCCUCUGUGAUCAUCCCUCAACUCUGAACGUCUUUCACUGAAAAACAGACCUUCCGCGCUAGGAGGCAAGGAUCAAAUGGGUUGAGAACAACUGGUCCUCCUUUUGUUUUGCAGAGGAUCCUUUGAUACAUUUUUAAGUGCCAGGACAUGGAACAGUAAAUCCCUCCUUCCUGCACUCCUGCCUCCUGCAAACAGCCCUGACCGCUGUCCAAGCCAGCCAGUUAAAGGGUUAACUAUAACUGGAUGCCUGAAUGGCUGCCUUACUGAUCCCACGGAGGAACAGAGGAAUGAGGACUCGCCUGGGCUGCCUGUCUCACAAAUCAGACUCAUAUAAUGAUUUCACAGCUAUUCUUCCGGACAAGCCCAACCGGGCUUUGAAAAGACUAUCAACAGAAGAAGCAUCAAGAUGGGCAGACUCUUUUGAUGUCCUUUUGUCCCAUAAAUAUGGGCUGGCUGCUUUCCGUGCUUUCUUGAAGACAGAGUUCAGUGAGGAAAACUUGGAGUUCUGGCUUGCCUGUGAGGACUUCAAAAAGACCCGCUCAGCAGCCAAGCUGGCCUCCAAGGCUCAGCGGAUCUUCGAGGAAUUCAUUGAUGUUCAGGCUCCUCGAGAGGUGAACAUAGACUUCCAGACACGGGAGCUGACAAGAAGAAAUAUGCAGGAGCCCUCUCUCUCUUGCUUUGACCAAGCCCAGGGGAAGGUGCACAGCCUGAUGGAGAAAGACUCUUACCCCAGGUUCCUGAGGUCCAAAAUUUAUACAGACCUGCUGUCUCAAACCCAGAGGAGGCUCAGUUAGAGCAGUGAUGGGGCUCUCAGAAACCAUGUGCUUCCCACAACAGCAAAAACCAUCUCUAAAUGUGAAACUUUCUUGGUGUUAAAAACAGUGGAAAUGAGAAAAAAGGGAGAAGGGGAAGAGAAGGCUUCCAGAGCGUGACCCAGAUGUGGUAUUAGAACUCUUUUUGUGCUUUAUUUUUGGUUAGUGGUAGCACCUUGCAGUUGUUGCCCCUCUAGCACAAACCCAUAAUCCUCUCUAGUCAUGGGGUCAUCUAUUGGGAAGGGAAGUUUCCUUUGAAAUUACUAAGCUGGUUUGUGUGUAAAUAAUGCCACUGCACCUUUCCAUCCUUCCAGACCUCUCCCUGGCUCUCGCCUCUCCCCUGUGUUUGGAAAGGCCCUAAGGGCAGUUCUGAAAUGUGUGAAGCCAAGUCCAGUCCAAAGCAUUGUCUCCCACACUGGCUGCUGGGGUCUGGAUCCAGGGACCAUGAGGAGGGGGAAAGAAGGCAAAGGCACAUGAUUCAUGCUGCUUCCUGGAGUGGAAACCAUCAAUGAAGUCUGCUCACCUUCCCAUUUUGAUUGCACACCUUGUGACACCAGCUGCUACCCUGUCACAGCCCCUUAUCUCCCAGAGAUGGAGACUAAGGGUUAUUUUCCAUAUGACUGCCAAGGAUCUGAGUUUUUCUCAUGAGGAAUGUAAUCCCAAAAGCUCUCACUAGACCUGGUCAGGCAAGUCUUCUAGGGAAGAUGACUGUUUUUCAUUAGUAUUAUUUAUUUGUGCUGUAGUUCAGCCUCAGGACCCCUGUCAUCAUUCAGGCUUUACUGUGCUAGGCACCAUCCCAAAACCUAACAGAAAGAGGCUCCUAGCCGCCAGAGACAUUAACAGGCUUGGUGGCUUCUCAAGAAUGACCUGCCAGCUGUUGGGAAAGAGUCGAGAGAAGGAAUAUCCCGUCUGCCCCAUGCUGAGAUGUAUGAAGAGCACAAGACCUGUCUUCUAUGGCAGAUAGCAUUUCUCAUGUAGUAUCUGUAGGGAGAUACUACAUCUGCAUGGCAGGGAGAGGUAACAUGAAAAAUCACAAUUACAUUUUUGUCAUUUGCUGAUUAUUGACUGUUGUUGUUACCUACCAAUUGUCCACUGUGGGUUCAAUGCCAUGUAAAGAUCUACUAAAACACAGACUCUGCUGCAUGGUGCUUGCUUAAAAACAGGACACAGGGAAACAUGCAGUGAGCAGGAUGAGUGUCCGGGUGUGAAGUGAUGUGUGAAGUGUUCUUUGGCCCUUCUCCCAUAGCCUGGAUAGACAGCUGUGGGAGAAGGCUCUGUGCAGAUGUCAGCUGUGUAGCACCUCCUCUGUGCUGUGCAAUAAUGCCAUCUGAAGGCCCCAUUUCUAUGGCAUUGCUGUUCUAGCUUAUUGGCUGCCAGAUUCUUGCAAUAUUUUCUAGUGGAGAAGCAGACAACCUGUCCGUGCAUUUGAGCCUACAGACCAGAGGUUUAUUUACUUAGUUUUAUGAAGGCCUGGAAAGUGACCCCUUGGAUCUUUUCUUUCUCUCAAGCAUCCACAGAUCAGAGGAUGUAAACCUCUGCUCUAAUUGAGGGUGGUGGGUAGGUUUGAUACUUAAGAAAGCUGGUGAUACUUAGUGCAAUGUGGUGUAAACAAGGUAGAGUGAAUUCUAAAGUUAUGCAUAAUGUAUGGAAUGAGAUACAAAAAGGCUGCUUGGAUAUUAAAGCCUGCUUUAGGUAGGAAACAGGUUUUGAGGCUUUUUGUAAGGAUGCUGUGCAGGACAUUAGGACAAAUAAGUUUAGAAGCAAGACAGAGGAGGUAAACAUGUUUGGUUUGUUCCGGAGGUGUAUUCCUGUGGUCCCUAAGACACUAAAGUCUAAAUACAGUGCUAGUGCAGAAUUUAUAUUUGGUAGGGAAACCUGCUUUUCAAUACCUGCUUGGUCAGCUCUAGAAUUAUCCAGUUCUUUGGUAGGCAAAUACCACCUCCAGUUACCUUUUUCUGAGGACUCGCCAGGAAGAGCAGCAUGCUCUGGCAUUCUGAACCAGUGUUCCUGGCUAUCCUCUGCCCCUGCAAGGUAACCUGAGAAGCAGGGGCUGAAGCAUGUUGAGCGAUGUGGCAUUCUGCAGCCAUGCUCAGGCUCAAUGGCACAACUUCUGGAACUGUUGAGGUAUGUGAGGUCCAUAAUGCCAUGUGUUCAGAGAGGCAAACUCGAGAUCUGGACAUUACUUUGCAAAUUUCACUGUGGCAGCUCGAUGCAAACUUCUUUGCUGCUUGUUUGAAAGUGGAAGCAAUGAGAAAGGUCUGGAAAAUGCCCCAGAUUUGCCACGAUUCAUCCAAGGGGUCUACAUUAUGCAGCAGCUCAACUGGCCACCUGUUCACGGGCCCAUAGCUUUAUGGCAAACAAGGUACUUUGCAAAGAUCUAGUGGGACAGGUGUCUGGGGAAACUUGUGCAAUGCUCUGGAAGGAGUCAAAGACAGAAGCAAAGGAUAUUAAAGGCAGGCAUCCAGUGGCUGUCCCUGGUGGUAUCUGGACUAUAGGAGUCACAUCAUCUGUACAGCCCUCUCCUGUAAUAGGUGAAAGGGAAAGAGGAGGGCAAACCACCCCACAUUGCGGUGAAACAAUGCUUGACAUGCAAGAGAGAAUGGAAAGCCACUGAAUGUGAGGAGGGGCUGGAAGAGCUCCCCAAGGAACACUAUGUCUACUACACCUGUAUAACACAGGCUGGACUGGGAUCUCUCAGGGGUACAGGUUGCUUUGGCUAAAAUAUUUCCCCUUGAGAUGGUUCAUGGUGCCAGUUUCACCCAGUGCCACUGUGACCACAAAAUAGCACAGUGACCGGUGAUCCAACCACUGCAACACAGCAGCUCAGCUUUGCAAUGCUGUGGUGUCAAACAAGUUGUGUUGCAAGGGAUGAAGGGAAGGCCCUGCCUUCCUCCGUUUCAGCCUCCUCUUGACUGCACAUGCAAAAAGCAUCCCAGUGCUGCCCUGGAUGUGGGGGACAGUUGCAGCAGGCCUAUGCAAGUCAUUGCUUUUAAAGAAAAGGCAGAAACAUCUUGUUAAGUGCUUUAUGGUAUUUCUCUUAAAGCCACUGAUAAAUCAUCUGGGUGGGCUUGGAUGAUACUGACCUCUAGUGCCAGCUGAUGCAUCCCAGAAAAGGUUUUUCAGCAACGUGCCCUGCAGCCACCCAUGAUGGUGAGGGUCACAGAAACAACAAGGCAAUGAGGAAACAGCAGAAACAAGAUAUAUGUGUCAAGGAACGAGGAACAGAAACUCAGAAGUGAGGCUUCCCUGAUGGCUACAGAGGCUGGUCCUGUUCAGAGUGUGACUUCAGAAAGCCCAGGAGGUAACAUUUCUCAGCAAGCUCCUCCAAUGUUGGUGCUGUCAUACUUUCAGUUCGCGGCAGAACUUAUGGAAAAACUUUAAAGUAGCCAACAUCCUGUAAAAACCAAGCUCUCCUCUCUCCCCAUCCACCUGGGGAAUAGCUUUGAGCAGGUUUAUUCAGAGAUGCAAUUGCUGAGAGACAGGAAUUCUAUCAUGCUGGCUGAUAGGAGAAGUGUUUUGCUCAUUAAAUUGGUGCCAGAUAAUAUCCUCCAUGGGAAACUUCCUAUAGCAUAGAGUGGAGCAAAAGGACUGUCUGAGGCAUAUGAGUCUAUCACGGUUAUUUUUGUUGCUUCUCUUACAGUUUGUAUCUCUUGAAGGAAAACAGACUAGUUAUUUAAAGUAUUUUAUUUUUUUUUUAACCAAGGAAUUGGCACCAGCUGCUUCUUUCAUGCCAAAUGUCAGUCUGAAAUGAAUUAAAAUAGGCAGCUAUAGCUCUUCCCCUAAAACCAGGGGAAAUUAAGGAAAUAAUGACUGAGCCAAAGCUUCGGAAAGCACUGAGUGAUGACUAAUCCCCUUCAAGGACAAAUAUCCUAUCUUUGAUUCAUCUCUUACUGAUGUGACCGGGAUAUUCAUGACUUACAAACCCUAUUUCCCCUCUCCACAAGCACACACCUCCAACAUUUUCUUCCUGUUUCAAGUAAUGUCAGUGUAUGCCAUCAUAUGAAGAGAGGGAAAAUAAUUGUUUCGCUCAGCUCUUUUUAUUCUGUGUGUUUGCUGGCAUGUAUCCAGUCAGCUCCCAAGUCCUUUGACAGCAAAAGGGAAGAAGUGUUUACAGAUUGUCUAUAAGCUUCAGGUGUUCUUAACUCCAGAAGCAGAUGCAGAACCCCAAUCUGCUUUGACUUUCUCUUGCUUUGGCCCAUCAGCCAGGUUUGGGAUGAUUUCCAUCACUUUUACUGGACUUGUUAAUAUACCAAUGGGUUCCUGCCCUCCGUGCUGGGAAGAUGUGAAGGGCAAAGUCCUGCUAGUCUAGGUGGGAGGUGGAAAUAGGUGUGUGUGUGUCUGCGGGUUUGGGUGGGUGAGGGUGCAUGUGACUUCAAAUGUAUGUUAUUUAGUGUCUUCUACUAGAGAAGCUUUUCCAAGACAUAGAUGUGCAUGUUAAAAUAUGAGAAUUAGGCAUCAAUAACAUAAAAGAAGAUUUUUAGCCCAGUGUUGUGUUUGCCUUGUGUGUAAGUUUGACUAGUAAUAAGAGAUGUAAAACUCUGUUAAGCUUCCAGUUACCCAUAGGAGCACAUGUAUCAAACUGAACUGAAUGUUCACUGAUAGACACAAAACCAAAAUGUUUACAGCAUUCAGAGCAAUAGCAAACCAUACCUCACGCCAGCCCUGGAGUGCCUCUCACUCACCAGUGCAAGCUUUCCCUUCCCUGGAGGCCUCUUGCUUCUCCCUCCAAACCCCCCUCUCCUUCUCAGUCCUGUCUAUGCGGUCUUCCCUCUUCUUCCUUCUUAUAGUUUACUACCUGAAGCACUCCUGUCCAUGGACACCUUCCUCUCCACCAGCACUGUUCGCCCCCAUAUAUCUGAGCCUGGGUCUCAUAUAACCUCCUCCCAUGCACCCCUGUUUGCAUACCUUCCAUCCCCAUCUAUCCCUCCUCUCUUCUUUGCCUUUUACUUCCCCAGAAACUUGUCUCUGAACUUGCCAUCUCUCUCCUACAUAACUCCUACUGUCACUAUGAAGCUCCUAAUAACCAUUCCUUGCCCAUUAUGUAAGAAGAAAUUGCUUCACAUAAUUUCUCCAUUAUCAUUCGUUCCUGGGGCUGCUGCAGUCGUCUUCUCCCUUGAUACUGUUUUCUCUGGUAUCAAGGCAUUAUAUCACAGAGCUGGAAUUAAAGUACAUUUUGCUGCUAGACCAGAAUGCUUUUCUCUACCACAUACCCCUUGGGCUUUGCAGAGGCUCUGCUUGUCCCCAGUAUGGUGUCUUCUUCCAUCCAUGCUCCAUGUGUUGCACUUGUGACAGGGGCUGACUAGUUAAGACGGCAGCUAUGCUACACAGAGGCAGCAGCUGCUUGGGCAGGGUCAAUGCUGUGCUUCCUCUUGGCUUUCUGACAUAAAAAAGAGUGUAAAUAAAGGGUGGGGUGUUGUAUUUACUUAGUAAAGUCAGUUGUUCUGCUCUGUGUCUCCUCUUGGUUUUACUGGAGGGAUGUAUCUCUAAUUUGACACUGUGGUAAACUCAAUUGGAGUUCAGGGAACUGAGGGCAUGGCAGGAGGUAGCAAAAGGGAAUGAGCUUAUUACUGGAAAAAAAAUCAACAUUUCUGGCAAAAAGGCACAGAAGAAAAGGCAGUGCCUGCUUCUGGAGGGACCUGGCAUGCCAGAGAGGUAUGGGGACCAACUGCAGCGUGAAUUGUUUGUCUCCAGUAGCCCCACAACUCCCAGUUUGCAUCAUGUGCUGUGUGCCCCAGGCUGGAUCUAAAACAUGACAGAUGAGGAGCUGUUCAUCUUUGCAUUUACAGCAUAGAUAAUGGUGUUAUCCUAAGAUAAAUGUCUUCACAUUGCUCUAUCAGUGCCUGCAGUCACCAGCUAAAAAACAGCGAGGAGGAGGCAUCUAGUGUCAUGUUUAUUUAUGCAGUCCUCCGUAAUGAAGAGAGCAGGGUACAAGUACACCCUUGGGUAGAUCCCCCUUCCUCAAAAACCAAGAUUGAAGUAGCUCGUCUUCCUAUAACCUCUCUCCCCCUUCUUUUACAAGAAACCCAAAUCAGACAUGCACAGUUCAGAUUUUUCUUUAAGCUCUCAGGCACCUCCGUCUUUGGUGGGCUGGCAGUGUCCCAUUGGCAGGAAGGGGCCCUGAGGACCAGAGUCCAAACCCAACAGCACCAAAUAAGGCUGUCUUAGACAGUAAAGAAGUCUUUUUUCUUGGGAAACAUGCUUGUGGGUGGUUCAGAAGAGAUUUAGGAGGGCAUUACUCUAUAGAAUAAACUCAAAAGAGAGCCACCAGGUACCUGAGUAGAAAGACCAGCUUUUUUAAGACCUGUAAGCCACAUUUUAAUUUUAAUUUGAUGCUGCAAUUGCCUCCAAAGUGUCAGGGUGCUGCUGGUAUUGGUAGAUAACAGCAGGAGCUGUUUGAGCAGGACAUGGGCUGUUCAAUCUUGCUCCUUCCCAUUCAGGGGAAGGCAAUGGCUUGGGUUCAGUUUGACCUUUCCUCUGCACUAGCUGCUUGUUUCUAGGCUCCCCUUCCCCUACAAGGCUGGAGAAGCUCCUCAGCCAUACCAGAUGUUCAACUGGCAAUGAUAUCCCCACUGAGUCGUGUCACCACAUUGUAAAGUGUUAUUCACCUGUACUGUAUAGAGACCAUGAGGACAUAAUAAACAGCCUGAGACUA